AUGAGUAACACUGCAUAUUUGAUCGAAUUUACCAAAAAGGCCUUGGAACCAAACUCCAAGUCAUACCAAUCAUUAUGUGAUAGCAUGAAAGAGGUUUUGGGCAUAAUUGAGAGUUUGUUAAAGGAUAUGGCAUGUGUGGAGGAUGAACUGGACAGAAAGAGGAUCAGAAUAGAGGGUUAUCAAUCGAAAAAAUAG